AUGGCGUCCUCAUCUACUACCCUAAAGCCAGAGAAGACAAUAAUUGGGAGCUCUCUGGAGAUCCCGCGGAUGAUCAAUGGCCUCUGGCAAUUAGCGGGUGGGCAUGAUGAAAAGGUGGACAUCGCGGCUGCGGCCGACGCCAUGAAUCCAUUAAUUGACGCUGGACUGAGUGCGUUCGAUAUGGCGGAUCACUAUGGUGAUGCAGAAUUAGUUAUUGGCCAACAUCAUGCACACGGGUCCCCAGGCCAGGUCACAGCAUUCACAAAAUGGUGUCCUGCCGAGAAUGGCAUCAAGACUUUUGAGCAUGCAGAGGCGGCCGUGGAUCUUGCGCUGACGAGAAUGGGCCAAACAAGCAUAGCCCUUAUGCAAUAUCAUAUCUGGGACUAUACAGACGAUACCUAUCUUCACAAUCUCGGUCAUCUUCGCAGACUGCAGCACCAGGGCAAGAUUGGCCACCUGGGGCUCACCAACACAGACGCGGCACAUCUCGAGCUCUUGCUACACUCGGGUUACCAGAUUGCCACAAAUCAAGUAUCAUGCUCAGUCAUUGACCGGCGCGUCGUCAGAGGGAGACUGUCAUCAGUCUGUGCAGAGAACAAUGUCGGCAUUCUUGCGUACGGCACACUACUUGGCGGCUACCUCUCCGAGAAGUGGGUCGGCGCUCCAGAACCGCAAGAUAUGGAGGCUCUCAACUGGAGUCUACGGAAGUACCUCCGCUUCAUUCACGCCGCAGGAGGCUGGCUCCCCUUCCAGCGCGUCCUCCAAAGCCUGGCCACUGUUGCCUCCAAGCACGGUGUGCCUAUCGCCGCAGUCGCAACGCGCUGGGUGCUAGACAUUCCCGUCGUCAGCGCCGUCAUCGUAGGCUGCCGGUUGACCGCAGGUUCCGGCAAGUAUACAGAGGCCAACCUAGCGGCAUUUUCAUUUUCCUUCGAUGAUGAGGAUGUGGCUUUGAUCUCAACGGCCCAGGAGGGCUUGUCAGACAUUCCCGGCGAUUGUGGAGACGAAUACAGACGACCUCCAUUCCUUACUGCGGCUGGGGACCUGACAGACCACAUCAAAGAGACGGACACAAUGCGCGCUGUCACGGAGGCUAUAUCACAAGGGAAGCGAGUUGAGCAUUGGUCCGCGAGCAAAUGGGAGCCUAUCGCAGGCUACUCCCGAGCCAUGAGAGUAGGUGAUACAAUCCGGGUGUCCGGAACAACCGCCAACUUGCCUCCCACACUAGAAAACGCCGUUCCUUUAGGUGUUCUUGGAGGAAGUUGUGCGCGCUGCCAGACAGUAGCAGCACUCGAUAUCAUUGAAAGGUCUGUCAAGAAGCUGGGUGGGAAGAUGACAGAUGUGGUCCGCACAAGAGUCAUGGUGCGCAGAGAGGAAUUGUGUGAGCCUGUCAGCCUCGCACACGGCUGGGUUUUCCAGUCCUGCCUCGGCAUUCGGCCUGCCAAUACGCUUGUCACAGCCGGAAUAAUCGGCGACGAUUUCCUCGUUGAGAUUGAGGCAGAGGCAGUGGAAAAGAGGCCGCCGAAUUAG